AUUUUCGAAAUAAAUACGAUCUCUUUACAUUCUCAGUGGGGCAGGGACCAUUUAGACGCACAGUAAUUUGUUUUAAAAAUCAACUUUUGGAUCCACACAAAUACACCGAUACUGCUGCUGCGGCCAAUUUUGAAACACGUCAUAAACAUACGACGCCAACGCCGGUGAAAAGUUGGCGCAGCGACAAUCGUCGAAUUGAACCAUUAAAUUAUUCGAAUAAUUUUACUGGAACAACGAUAAAUAAACGCGAUAGAAAAAUGGGCGUUGAAAGGAAUAUCAUUGAUACCAAUAAAAUAAAUAAAUCGAAUCCAGGAGAUUUAUAUCGACCGCCAGCUCUUCGAAAUCAUGCUAAUGAAACGAUUAAAAGGAAUGUAGCAGAGUCGUGCGAAUUAAAUUCAAAUGAUACUUCUAACAUUUCAACAAACGAAACCUCUUCUUUAUCAUCUUCGACUGCAGCUUCGUCAAUAACAACAACGACUACCUCAAUAUCUUGUAAUAAUUCUCCCAUACAUAGAAAUGAGAAUGUUAACAUAAAUAAUAUAACGACCUCGACAACAGAAACUUCAAUAUAUAAACAACAACAACAACAUGAGCAGGUAGAGGAACAACAAAAACAACCACAAAGGCAACAACUACAACAACAAACUAGACGUGAACGGCGUCCAGAUAGAGCUGUUUAUAUUCCAAGGGCACGACGCAGUCAAACAACUCCACCAAACACAACAACAACGCAAAUACAACAACAACCACCACCAUCACCACCACAAAUACAACAGACAGCAUUAUCAACACAACUACUAGUACUAGCUCCAAUAACAACAAGCGAUACGAGCAAAAGUCUAAGCCAACAAUUGGCAAUUACUUUGGACGACACAACAACUGCUUCAGUUAACCAAAAACCAUCGUCUAAAGCAGACGAAGUUGGCAAAAUUGAUAUUAGUGGUGGCGUCGUUAGUACUUGUAGUAAUAUUUCAACAACAAUAACAAAGAAAAAAGAAAAAUUAAGCAAAGAAAACAAAGAGUCGCGAGAACAACGACGAGAACAGCGUUUAUUAAGAAAAUUAUUAUCAACGUCGACGACACAACAACGCUCUCAAAGUCAUAUUUCUAAAAAUAAUGAAAAUUUAAACGAAAAUUCUAUAAAUACAACAACAAUCUCAAACAACGACGGUGACGAAUCAACAAAUCAAGCAGUUAUUGUCAAUGCUCAGCAAAUACACUCAUCGUCGGAAAUAAAUGAUGUAAACAAUUUAAGUGAAUUUAAUGAUAAUAAUAUUAUUAUUAAUUUAUCCAAAAGCUUCAGCUGUGAUAGUGGUGAAGAAUUCAAAUUAAAUCGAGAUUUAAACAAUUCACUUGUACAACAACAACAACAAUCGUCUGUGAAAUCUGUAACUUACAGUGAAUUAGAAUCUUUUAAAGAUCAUCAAAUUAACAAUUUUGCAAUUGUUGAUAAUUCUAUAUUAAACGAGUCUGAAAGUCAGUUUCUGUAUAAACCUGUUCUAAACCAAAGUGUUGAUAUAAACUGCGAAACUACAACAAAUAGCAAUUCUACAGGAAACAACAUUACUACUACAAAUAUUAUUAUACAAAAUAGUAAUAACAAUAACAACACAAUGCCCAGACCAUCAAGCAAAACUAAAUCUAACAAACUAAACAGUGAAGUGUUUAAUAAUACCAACUUGCCUAAUUUACGUAUUGAAGACAUUGCAUCACAACAGUCACCAACAAAAUGUGAUAUAGAAGAACAGGAAUUGCAGCGAGCCUCUAAGGAAAUUAAUCGCAGUAAUCGUCGCAUCAUAAAACAGACAUUUAUAUCGGAUGUCUUACAAAUUCCUGAUCACAUUAAUGAAGAAGAAAACGAAGACAAAUCAAAAGUAUCAAAAGUCAACAACAAAUUAGCGUCCAACACAUCUCGCACAACAACACAAUCGUUCGAUAGUAAUACCGAAGAAGAUGAAGAGGAAGAUGACUGGGAGAAUAUGUACAACGAUAGUGGAGAUUGUUUGGAUCCGAAAAUUAUGCAGGAGUUAACAGCAUCCGUGGGAAAAUGCAAAAUAGAGUUACCCAAGAUGGAUUACACCGCCUACUUGACCAAACAGUCGAUAUUAAAUGAAGAAGAAUUCCCGCAUGUUUUGGAAGUUUCGAAUUUUCCAGUAGAGUUUAAAAAUCAAGACUUGUUAAUGGUUUUUUCUCAGUACAAAGAAUCUGGCUUCGAUAUUAAAUGGGUGGAUGAUACUCAUGCUCUGGCUGUGUUCAGCAGUUCUCGUAUAGCUGCUGAAGUACUUACUAUGGGGCAUCCAUUUGUUGUUUUGAAACCGUUGGCCGAGGCAACUGUUGAAUCUCGCUUAAAAGCCAAAAAAUGUGCAGCUUCUUUACAACCAUAUCGUCCCCGCCCAGAAACAUGUGCUGCCUUAGCGCGCCGUUUAGUAACAGGAGCACUAGGAGUGCGUCUGAAAACUGCAGCUGCCGAGCGAGAAAAUGAAAAGCGUGUUUUGCGCGAAGCCAAAGAACGUAAACUUUUAGCUGCCAAGCAACGUGAUGAAGUCUGGGAAAGUUAGAAGAGUUGUAUGUAUAAAAUUAAUAAUCAUAAUACUAUUUACAUUUUUGUAUUUAAAUGGUUAGUUACUUUUUGUACAUUGUAUGAAACAAUUAUUCUGCCAUCCUUAAACAAAAUGUAUGUCUUCUUAAUGCAAACAAAAAAAAUACCUAAUAAUUAUUUUUAAUAUAAUCUUAAAUUAAUUUAAGUGUCAUUUCUAUGUAAUUUAUCUAAACAAUUACAUCAAUUUAUUUUGACUCUCAUUAAGUAUAACUUAGAAAUCAUGCAAUAAAAUAUCACAUUCUGUUUAAUCUUCAAUAGAAUAGAAUUUAUUAUGUUUCUGAUUCUGAUUCAGUUUGUUUUUAUUUCCAUUAAAAAUAUCAUCAACAAUAUUAAAUGUGCAACUUUGAAAUAAUUUAAAUGGAUGUAGUUUUAGUUCAUUUUAAAAACACAAUCUAUUUACUAGUAAUUUUUUCCUUUUCUCUAUGACUUAUUUUGUAUUUAAAUUAUGUAUAGUACAACAUAGGAAAAUAUUUUUAUUAUUAUUAUUAUUUUACAUAAAUAGUUUAUUAUAAAUGAUUUAUAUUGUUUAUUUCAUAUAAUUUAAGAAAAUACAUACAUAUACAUAAUUAUAUUUUAAUAAAACAAGGAAGAAAAUAUUUGAAAUUUCAGAUAUAUUAAUAAAAUUUAGCAAAAUA